CUCUGGAUUUUCCCGUCCAGGGAUUUCCCACUCGCCAAGGAGAGCCUUUAUAAAGAGCAAGCUGGAGCUCUUGUAAUAAACCGUUGCAGAGCAGCAAGAUCUCACAGUGCUUCUUCACAGAAAAUAGAAAGUAAACUUUUGAAUUUACUUUCUUUAUCCAGUAACAGCAAUUACAAAUAUUUAAGGAGAUGGGAGGAACAAGACAGGCUGUGCUAGUAAUUUUGUGUGUGUUAAGGACUGUUAAAGCUUUUGAAAUGGAAAUUAUACCUGCUGAGAGAAUUGUGGCACAGAUUGGAGGCACACUCAUACUCACAUGCAAUACUACUGGCUGUGCAUCACCAAGUUUUUCCUGGAGAACACAGAUGGACAGCCCCCUUGGAGGAGAAGUCAGCAGGCAUGGGACAUAUUCUACAUUGACUAUGAAUCCAGUUAGCAUUGUGAAUUCUCAUUCUUAUCUUUGUACUGUCACAUGUGAUGAGAAAGGGAAAAAGGAGAAGAGUGUCAAAGUUGAACUUUACUCUUUCCCCAGUGAUCCUAUCAUUGAGAUCAACCCAUCCUUAGUUGAUGGAGAAUCAGCCACUGUCAUCUGUAAAAUUCCUGAUGUGUAUCCUUCUGAUCGCCUGGAAGUUCUCCUAAAGAAAGAUGAACAUGUUCUUCAUGAGAAAAAUUUUUUUGAAGAUGAGAGCACAAAUACAGAGACCAAAUUUGUGACAUAUACAUAUCAUCCCAUGGCUGAAGAUGCUGGGAAAGAGCUUACCUGUGUGGCCAAGUUACCAAUUGCUGAUAUGGAUUUUGAACCCAAAGAAAGAACAUCUUCUCAGAAACUUAAUGUAAAUUUUGGUCCACAAAAUACUGUCAUUACUGCAUCUCCAGGCAAAUCACCAAUGGAAGGAGACUCUCUGAACCUCACUUGUGUGACUCAGAGUAACCCACCAGCACAAAUAGUUUGGAGGAAAUAUUUGGCUGAAGAAAGCAUUCAGCAUCUGAUAAAAAACAAUGUUCUUUUUAUUCCCCAUGUCCAUUUCAAUGAUUCAGGACGGUACAUUUGUGAAGUAAUUAAUCUGGUAACUGCUAAAACAGAGGAAGCAACUGUGGACAUUAUUAUACAAGGUGCUCCAGUCAUUACAAAAUUCUCCAUUGAACCCUCAACAACAGUUCAGGAAGGAGAAAAUGUCUCCAUACAAUGUUCUGCUGAAAGCAACCCUCCUCCCAAGAUUAUUUUAAGGAGAAAAUCUGACAAUGCAGACAUAGGGACUUACAGUGCCAGGAGUAUUCUUCUUCCAUCUGUGAUGUUCCAAAAUGGAGGAGAUUAUGAAUGUGUAGCAGAAAAUAAGUAUGGGAACAGUAAAAGGGAAAUCACACUUAAUGUGAAAUAUGGACCAAAGAGUACAGUGAUCACUGUUUUCCCUGCUGCUCUUAAAGAAGGAGAAACUGUGACAAUUAAAUGUACUAGUUCUGGUAAUCCAGCUCCUGUCAUCUCCUGGAAGAAAAAGAAGGCCACCGGGGAGUCUGAGAAAAUUUCUGAAAAUGCAACUAUAACUAUACAGAAUUUGAAAAGUCAAGAUCUGGGGCUUUAUGAAUGUGAAGCUUAUAAUCAAUUUGGCAAGGAAGAAAAAGCUGUGGAAUUAUACGUUCCAGCAAGAUUGGAAGGACCAGAUCAGAUGAUACCAUUGAUUAUUGCAUUCUCAUCUGUAGCAGCAGUAGCAGUACCUGCAGUUGCAAUUUUGAUCUACGUGUCAAGACAAGCAAAGAUCAAUGGCUCCUACAGUCUUGUAAAAGCACUCAGGUUGAAAGUUUGAUCAUGUGAAUAUAAGUCUUUAGUUGAUAAUAAGCACAUAUAUUUAUUGCUGUGACUGGUUCUACUCUUCUCUAACAUAUGGUAACAAACAAGUGACUUAAGAACAGCACCAUGUGAUAGCAAAUGGGCUUAUUUUCAUGCUCUGAUCAGUGUUUUGGUAUUUAAAUUAAAGGAAGAGCUAGAAUCCUGACCAAGAAAUUGGUAAAUAAUUUCGGUGUUAAAGCAUUCUGAACAAAGAGUUCUGUGAAGAACUAGGUUUGUACAUAGUGUAUAAUUUGUGUUAUAAAUAUGUUCAACUAAACAUCAGUUUGUAAAAUUGAAGUCCUAUUGCAGUUGUACAGAGAAAUUUUGUUAAUUCAAAGACAUAAAUCAAUAUUCCUUGAGCUGAUCAAGUGAUUUUUAUUUUGUAUUACUUUGUAGCAUGAAUGGUUUUUAAUAUAAUUUGUUUGGUUGUA